UGCUAGUGUCUUACAUGCCGGUAGGUAGUUUUUUUGGCAGACUGCCUUGAUUACGCACAUUCAUAGAUUGGCAACAAGUGGGCAUCAUUUAAACGCUGUCCGGUCUGCGGAGCACUGCCCGACGCGUUGGCAAGCGCGAGUCUGACAGUGCGAGCAACACCUGGACAAGUGGGCGCUCCCGCCGGCUGGUCCGCGGCGCUCGUAGAGAUGUGGGUGUGCACCGCCUGCACGCUUGAGAACGAGAACGACGCAUAUUUGUCCUGCGCAGUCUGUGGGACAACAAGAGCGCCAGAAAACGAGGCCGCGGAGGACUCACGCGAUGCAGCGGACUCACUCGAGGCCGCGGAGGACUCACGCGAUGCAGCGGACUCACUCGAUGCUGCGGAGGACUCACGCAAGCGCCAGCGCGAAGAAACCGCACCAGCACCGCGGCGGCCGACGUUCGACCUCGCCCAGCUCGGCAAACGGCCGCGGGCAGCGCCGACGGUGCCGGCGCCGCCACCAACGGCGUCACCGAGAGCACCGUCGCGCCCGAGCUUCGACCUCGGCCGCCUGCGGUCAUUGCCGGCGCGGCCGUGCACCGUGAGAGACGGCGACGCGCCCCCGCGCUCGGUUGCCGACGCGGAGGUACCAAGCGUCGCUCCCGCACACAUCGUGCGGCGCGUGCUGCCGCCGGCGUUGGCCGACGCGUUGCUGAGGAAGCUUCUGGCCGAUGGCGACUGGCACCGCGGCACGUGGACGGUCGGCGGUAAGACGUCGGUCAACGCACGUCGAACCCGCUCGUUCCGCAUCAGAAUGACGGGCGGCGGCGAGUUCGAGGCCCUGGGUGGCGGGGCCGACGCCCAGGCGCGCGAGGAGAACGGCUCGUCGCGGGCGCGAGGCUACGCCGCGUGCCCGGAAUUAUUGGAAGCAGCCCGCUUUGUGACUGCUGCGGCCCGCGAGGUGGCCCCGCGGAGCUGGAAGGACAACUGGGAGCCGACCGUAGCAUUCGGCAAUAGAUAUGACGGCGGCCAGGAGCAUGUGGGCUAUCACUCGGAUUUUCUGAUGACCAUGGGCCCAAGGCCGAUUAUCGCCGGCCUCUCGCUCGGCGCUACGCGUGAAUUUCGGCUCCGGCGCGAGGCGACUGAUUACGCGCCAUCACGCGUCGUGUGCAUGCCUGCGGAGCACAACUCGCUCAUCGUCAUGAGCCGCGACUGCCAGGAGGAGUGGUCCGCGCCCGGUGUCCUUCGAAGAGCCUGCACUCGCGAGCUUUCACCGACGAUUCCCGCGCAGGAAGCAUUCCGUCGCGAAGACGUCGUCUGUUCCGUUUCACGCCGUCGCUGGCGAGACGCGGUUCAGCUUAACGUUCCGUCGCAACCGCCCCGAGUUCUCUCAGUCGGCGACUCGCAAUUGCAAUUGCGGCAAGCCGGCGGCAUUGAAGUGCGCCAAGGGCCGCUAUUACUACACGUGCUGCAUGGCCGGCGGCGACGCGUCGCAGAAGUGUAGCUACUACGCGAGGUCGGCCGUCGCCCAGCAGGAGGCGGACCGGCUGCGCGCCAUCGACGAGAGCGGGUGAUUUGUGUAAGUGACUGUGUACA